AUGGCGACCAUCCCCGCUCCCUCGCCCGACAAGGCCCGCUCGAGCUUCGUCGUCAAGCUCCACCAACUGCUUUGUGCCGAGCAGCACCCCGAGUAUCUCCACUGGAUCAACAACGAUACGUUCGCCAUCACCAGCGUCGAGCCACACGCACGCCACGCCCUCUCGCCGCAGUGGGACUUUCGCUCCCUGUCGUCCUUCAUCCGCCAGCUCAGCUACUACUCGUUCAAGCGUCUCUCCGACCGGCGUCGUUCCGCCGAGCGCCGUUCGAGCGUCCCCUCGUUCAUCGUCUUCACGCACCCGUCGGGCAACUUUGUCCGCGAUGACCAGGCGAAGGCCGCUCUAAUCCAGCGCAAGCUGCGAGCGCGCAAACCCGCCCAGAAGCGCAAGAACUCGACGGCGUCGUCUGCUGGGACGGGCCAGGAGCAGGACUAUGGCGACCGCUCUCCUUCGCCGAACGACGGCAAUUUCGAGCUGUACGAGCACGAGGACGAGGCCAAGCCGAAUGUGAACGCGACGCAGCUUGGCCUCCAGCAGUACCAGCUCCCUGCGUGGAACGCGCUCGAGGCGCAGGGCCGCACGAUUCAUUCCUCACCGCGCACGAUUCCCGGAGCAGCGCCUGUCGCUUCCGUCGCGCCCCAUAUGCACCUCGCGUACGGUCCGCUCAAGGAGCAGGCACCGCCCUACGACACCGGUUACCCCUCGCCCAUGUCCGCCCCCUCCUCAAACGCCUUCUUCCCUGCGCAAGGUCGUCCGCACAGCUACUACCCAACAGCCCCGCCGCCCGAUCAAGCGUACUACUAUCCUCCGCCGUCGACUUCGCUGCCAAACACAAGCUCCUACGGCGCGUACCCCUCGAACGAGCUGCCGCCCAUCCGCACCGUCACCUCCGGCCUCGUCGCACCUCCUUCGCCUCCGCCCGAGCCAGCGUACCUGCAUCACCCCGCCACUCAGACCCGACCUCCGCACGACGACGAAGAAAAGACGCCUUCUCCGCUCGCUUCUCACGCGGCGAUGCAGCCGCAGCUCGCACCCAUCGAGCAACAACAGCCUCGGCUGAUGUACGACUCGAGUCCGCUGCGUCACGCGCCGGCAAACAUGCCCCCUCCGCACCCUCAUGCCGUCGACCCCGCCUACUACCCCUCCGCCUUCUCCCACCAGCCUCUCUACCAUCACGCCUACCCUCAGCCUCACGCACCUGCACCUUUCGACGCACGGCAUUACGCGCCUCACGAAUUUGCCCCGCCCAAAGCGUACUACCAGCCUGCGGCAGAAGGCGAGCCGCCGUCAGGCUAUCCUCCCUCAGCCGGACCGGCCGCCGCUCCCGUCGUCUCGCACGCAUGA